AUGGUUUUUUACUUAAUUGGACUUGGAUUGGGAGAUGUUGAAGAUAUUACGGUCAAAGGUUUGAAUGUGGUUAAGUGAGUUUUGGCCCAAAAAACCCAAAAAGGCCCCCAAAAAAGGCCUGAAAAUCCCAAUAUUUUUCCAGAAAAUGCGCUCGAGUUCAUCUUGAAGCCUACACAAGUAUUUUGUGUUAUGGAUUAGACAAAACGAAUUUGGAGAAGUUUUAUGGGCGGGAGGUUAUUGAGGCUGAUCGAACUGUUGUUGAACAGGAAUCUGGUGAGUGUUUUUUUGGGAUUUUAUAUGAAUUUGGUGCUGAAAAUGAAGAAUUCCAUGAUUUUCAGCACAAAAUUAUGAUCUAGAAAUUUCGAAAUUUUUUACGUUUCAAAAUUGUAUUUUAAACUUUUUUGUGACUGAAAAAAUCCGAUUUGAAAAAAUCCGAUUUUGUCCUAAAAAUUGGUGAAAAACCCAUUUUUUCACUUUUGAAUUCGAAGGUUUGCCGAAAAUUCAAAAUGAUAAAUUUUUAUAAAUUGUGCUGUAGAAUAUUGAAAUGGACUAUUUGGCAUUUCUAAACAAAAAUAUUGAUAGUGAUUGGCACAUUUUGAGCCCUUUUAUAAUACACAGAACCUCACCAACUCGUGCGGCGCGCGGCCCCAAUUUUUGUUUCCUAAAUCGGAAUCACAUUUUGGAACCAAGUGAAAAAUCAAGUGACAUUGUAUUCAAAUAUGCUUAUUAGGUGUCUAAUGAUUAAAGAAAAAGUAUCUUGACAAAAAUAUUACACCCAAUGGUCAGUAACAUCUCAAAACAUAGCGUCGUAUACUUAUCGGCCACCCUGUAUAUAUUCAUAAAACUGAUCUUCCACUUUUUUUUCGGGUUUUCAGCGCCCAACCUCGAGGCAAUACAUAUAUUGUCAAAAUUGUCAACUUCAGCUUCCAGCAUUUCCAUAAAACUUCAAAAACAAAAACUAAGUCGUAUGUAAAAAGUGCAAUUUUUGCUCAAAGGGUUCCAAAUUUCACAGAACCUUCUAGCAUUCACAUAACUUCACUCCAGUCAUUGUGGUUUGACCAGGUCAAUGUUUUUUCUUGCGUAAUACUUUUUUUUUUGAUUUAUCUAUCGUAAUUUUCUAAUGCACAAAAAAACAUAAAAACAUUUUCAUUGGUGAGGAAUCGAACCAGGACCUCUCGGGCAAUAAACAUUCAUUUAUUUUAUGCUAAUUUGUGUGUGUGCGCUAUAGUUAGACAUGGUUUGGAAAAAACUCGAGCGAAACCAGUUUUUUGAGUUCGCUCACUUGUUUGAGUUUUGAGUUCGCUCACUCAUUUCAAACCGGUUUUCGCUCAAAUAUCGCUCAUUUCUGAUUUGAUUAGAAUUGGUGGAUUUUUAGGUUUUCGGAUAUGGUAAAUCGAUUGGUGAUAAUAGUUCCAGAAAGCCCAAACUAAAAUGAUCAUAACUUUUUUAUUUUUCAAGCUUUUUCAAAUAUCUCUGGACCAUUGUGACGUGCUCAUCCUCAGCUAAAUUUUUGCUCUUCGGAGCAAAUUUUGAAUGUUGGUUUGAAAAAGCUUGAAAAAUAAAAAAGUUAUGAUCAUUUUAGUUUUUGUGACUCGAAAAGGUGUAAUGUAUUUCAAUUGAAUUUCAAACAAAAAUCCAUUUUUCAUGCCCUGUCCCUUUAAAAGUCACUUUUAGGCCGAAUUAUUAUCACCAAUCGAUUUCCCAUACUCGAAAACCUAAAAAUCCACCAAUUCUAAUCAAAUCAGAAAUGAGCGAUAUUUGAGCGAAAACCGGUUUGAAAUGAGUGAGCGAACUCAAAACUCAAACAAGUGAGCGAACUCAAAAUAUGAGUUUUCGCCCAGAUCAUUUGAAAACUCACUCAUGUCUUACUAUAGUGUGCGCGCGCAAAAAACAUGACUUGACCGUAAAAACGUGAUUUUUUGAAGAUGAGGGACCCCGAAAAUUUUUUUUGAAUGUAGUCAAAUCUACGUAAAAAGGCACGAGGAACAUUUUGGAAGCGGUUAGAAAGAGCGGAAAUGACUCCUGAGCAAUGUUUAUAUAGGGCGAAAAAAAAAUUUUUUUUAGGAUUGAGUAUCGAAAUUUAUACUCUUUUCCAUCGGAAAGAGCGUCAAAAGACGAGCAAAAUGAUUUUUUGAUCAUUGAAAAUUAUGAAUUUUAACCCUACUUACGAUAAAUUUUCGAAAAACAGAGUUCCCCUUCACCCGGUCCCACCAAAUUGGCGAAACGAUAUUAUGAUCUCUAACCUGGUGGAAAAAGUUCCCCACCCAUGGGACUUACUAAGAAAAAAAAUUGGGCCGAUUCUGAGAUCAUGACUUUUUCUUUGUCCGGUGGGUUUUGCAGUCUUACAAAGAGUGUCUUUUAAACUUGUUUGUGAUUGAAAAAGAUUAUUUUUCUUUUGACUUUUGAUGUCUAAAUUUUGCGCUGAAAAUCAUAAAAAUGCUGAAAUUCGUGGAAAAUGAAGUAUUCCAUGAUUUUCAGCACAAAAUUCUGGUCUAGAAUUUUCUGAAUUUUUUCACUGUUUCAAAAAUUCAUUAAUUUUCUCGAGGAGUGAAUGAAUUCGAUACCAGUAGUUUUUUCUCUUUUAGACUUAUACUUUGCUUUGAAAAUCAUGAAAACCCUGAUUUCUAGAAAAUUUUAGUGGUUUCCUGAUUUUCAGCACAAAAUUUUGAUCUAGAAAUUUUUUUCAAUUUUUUCACUGUUCCAAAAAUUCAUCCAUUUCAUUUUGAUGAUUUUCAGCCAAACUGAAAAAAACGCAAAUCAACUUUCUUCCUUCAAAAAUCAAUUAAAAAUAUUGAUUUGUCGAAUAAUUUAUUGAAAAAAUGCUGAAAAGUGCUGAAAAUGAAAAAUUCCUUGAUUUUCAGCACAAAAUUCUGAUCUAGAUAUUUGAAAAAAAAACAUGUUUUUUUUCACUGUUUCAAAAUUGUAUUAAUUUAAUUUUGAAGUGAGAAUGUUGAUUUGCCUUUUUCUGAAUUCGGGCUGAAAGUCGUGAAAAUACUGAAAUUCUUGGAAAAUGUAGAAUUCCAUAAUUUUCAACACAAAAUUCUGAUUUAGAAAUUUUUUUUUAAAGUUUUUUUUUCACUGUUUCAAAAUUUAAUUAAACUUUUUUGUAGCUGAAAAAAACCGAUUUUAAUGUUUUGCAUGUUCGCUAGAUCUAAAUUUUGGGCUGGAAGUCAUAGAAAUUCUGGAAUUCGCUGAAAAUGAAAAAUUCCAUGAUUUUCAGCACAAAAUUCUGAUCUAGAAAUUGCCAAAUUUUUUACGUUUCAAAAAUUCCAUAAUUGUUUGGAAAAUUGAAACAAUCCAUUGAAUUGUUUGUUCCAAUUCUAGUUAUAAAUUUUUGCGCUCAAAAUCAUAAAAAUGCUGAAAAUUGAUGAAAAUGAAGAAUUCCAUGAUUUUCAGCAUAAAAUUCUGAUCUAGAAAUUUUGGAAAAAAAACAUUUUUUUUCACUGUUUCAAAAUUGUAUUAAACUUUUUUGUGACUGAAAAAAGCCGAUAGUUAGCUUUUUGCUUUUGAGUUUUGCUUUUGAUAUUGCCUAGAUCUGAAUUUUGCGCUGGAAACCAUAAAAAUGCUGAAAAUCGUGGAAAAUGAAGAUAUCCUUGGUUUUCAGCACAAAAUUCGGAUAUAGAAAUUUUUUGAAAAAAGUGUGUCAACAAAAAUAAAUUAGAAAAAAAAGAAGGGAAAAUUGACAAAUUUUUGAAACAGUGAAAAAUCGCAAAAUGGAAAUUUGAGAAAAAAAAAUGUUUUUUCACUGUUUCAAAAUUGUCUUAAUUUUUUUGAGAACCUAAAAAAGCGUUCCGAUCGAGUUGUUUCUAGAUUUAAUAGUAAAAAAUCGCGAAAUUCAAAAAUGUUUCAACUUCCAGACUCAAUUCUCAGCGGAGCCGACACCCAAGACAUUGCUCUCCUAGUAGUUGGUGAUCCAUUUGGUGCCACCACUCACGCGGAUCUCGUCCUCCGCGCAAAACAACAAAACAUUCCAGUUCGUGUAAUUCACAAUGCCUCAAUUAUGAAUGCUGUUGGAUGUUGUGGAUUGCAAUUGUACAAUUUCGGUGAAACUGUUUCGAUUGUAAUGUGGACUGAGAAUUGGCAACCCGAAAGUUAUUAUGAUAAAAUAGCGGCGAAUCGCGACACCAAACAUCAUACAUUGUGUUUGUUGGAUAUUAAGACGAAAGAGCAAAGUGUGGAGAAUAUGAUGAGGGGAAGGAAGAUUUAUGAACCGGCGAGGUAUGGGUUUUUUUCGGGGGAAAAAUUGAAAAACCCCCUUAAAUGACCUGUCAACGGAGUUUAUGAGCACUUUCAAAAAUUUAUUUUCGAAAAAUCAACGUUGUGAUUUCAAAAAUGAAUUAAUACAAUUUUGAAACGUAAAAAAUUUGGAAAUUUCUAGAUCAGAUUUUUGUGCUGAAAACCAUGAAUUUCUUCAUUUCCCCGCGAAUUUCAGCAUUUUUAUGAUUUUCAGCGCAAAAUUGUAUUAUCGUAUGAUCGACAUUCUGAUUUCAAAAAUAAAUUAAAACAAUUUUGAAACAGUGAAAAAAAAUUGAAAAAAAUUUCUAGAUCAGAUUUUUGUGCUGAAAAUCAUGAAAUUCUUUUGAUUCUCCACAAAUUUCAGCAUUUUUAUAAUUUUCAGGUUUUAAAAUUGAUGUGUGGCCGAACUAUUUUGGUGGCCGAGAAAUGUCGGGAAUUCGGCCACUCUCCAACAAUGAGAAUCAUUGCAACAUUAGAGCGAGUUUGUUGGUUUGGCCGAAUUCCCGACAUUUCUCGGCCACCAAAAUAGUUCGGCCACAUAUAUCUUUUAAUUUUAUGUUCAACUUCAAUUUCCAAAAUUUCUGAAAUAUUACUGUACAAUCUACAGUAUACAUACAUUUUUAUUAGUAAAUCAGAAAAAAAAUAUCAAAAAAUUGAAACAGUGAAUUUUUUGUGAUAACAUUUUCUGGGUUCAAAAGUUUUUAUUGAUAAAAAUUCCAAGUGGAUUUCUGCCCUGAAAAACCUCAAAAUUGAUUGUGACUUAGGCUAACUUCAGGUGGACAAAAAGUAAACGCGGAGUGUCGUUUAAACAACGAUGCUCCGCGAUUACACCUCUCACUCACCCGAUUUUUUUUCCAGAUAUUUGACAUGCGCUGAAGCUGCCAAACAAUUGCUGACAAUUGUUGAGAGGAGAAAAGAGAAGGGCGAAAAAUGCGGUGAGUCUCGAAUUUUGGGCCUGAAAAUCACCUAGGUCUAAAUCAAGCCUGAAUUUCCCAAGCCUGAAAAUGAUAUCGAGAAGCCCUGAAGCCCAGAAUUCAGAGCCUAAAAUUCAGGCUUAAAAUUUCUUUUUCUUAAGGCAGUUAGAAGGCCUUUUAAGCCUAAAGGCCUAGCCCAAGUUCAAUCCUAGAAGCCUGAAAAUUACCUAAAGGGCAUAGACAGGCCUAAAUCAGGCCUAAACUAAUUAUCCCCAAUUUCCAGCCUAUGAUGAGAAUACAAUGAUUGUUGGUUUGGCUCGAGUCGGAUGGGAUGAUCAAAAAGUGAGUCUUCCUUCCACUUCUGAAAAUCUGAAAUUUUUCAGAUCAUCUACGCGUCGAUGAAAGAAAUGGCUGAAAUCGACAUGGGCGCCCCGCUUCAUUCAAUGAUUAUUCCAGGAGAAACACAUCCGUUGGAAGUGGAUAUGUUGGAGACUUUUAGACCUUGA